AAUUAUUGGAAUAUUUCGUCGAAAACGUUGAAUUUUUCUGAUACCUUCGCCCAUCGAUUUGGCGCGUUUUGGCAGAUGGCCCGUAACUACGUCGAUUUUCUAGGGCAAGCUGUUCUGGACCGACCAGUGUUGGUGGGAGGGAUCAUGCUCAUAUGUAUUUUGGUGGCAUGGGCUAUAUACAGUCUACCUGGGUUUGACGAAGAGGAAGAGUUCGGGGAGUUGACGGAAGCCGAGAGCGCUCUUCGUGAUGCUAUCAUGACUGGUGCGAACGACGAUACAAUAAAUAAGGCUAAGAAAGCUGUAUACGAGGAACGGGUAAAACACGGAGGACGACCCGUAGCUGCUGCACCCGUUGCUGACAAGGCGGUGAAGCAACCCAAGAAAAAUACAAAGCUGAUGGACGGAAAAGUGAGCGAACCAAAAGCAGAGCAGAAACCCCCGAACAAAUCGAGCAACAAAGGCAGCAAAGGGAAGAAGGAGAAGAAGAAAUCGAAGUAGAGUGAUGUUUUUUCUGAGAAGAUCAUG